GUUUCUUUUACACUUAGAGUAGCAGUGUGUCUAUUUAGUAAACUACUACUCUUUUAUAUUGUUUUCGCUUCACGUAAAAAGCCACGUUUUCCAACCAUUUUCAAACAGUCUGCACAGGAUACUCGUGAUAAACGUUUCAAAUACGCAAAGUUAAGAAAACACAAUUGUGGCUUUUAAAUAUUUGCAAAAUAAAACAAAAAUCACACCUUUAAAUCUCAAGCUAUUUUUAAAGAGAAUUUCUUGGGAAAUUUAAAAUUAAAAAAACAAAUUCUAAGAAAAAUUUUUAAAUUGUAAAAAAAAGUUAGAAAAAUACUAUAAAAUCUAAAAUUGUAAAAUUUAAUUGAGAAAAGUGUUAAAAUUAAAAUUUUAAAGAAAAAUUAGAAAAACCAAAUGAAAUUUAUUAAAACAAAGUGUUAAAGACGUAGUUAAAACUAAAAAUCUUCCACUAAACAAAUUUUAGCCAAAACCCAAACCAGCUGCUUCUACUGUUACAAUACUAUCCCUGAAACGUGACUUGGCAAAGACGUUAUUUUUCUUUUACUCUCUAAUCUCUAAAGGAUUUGGCAUCAGCGAAAAAGUAAAAAUAUAAGAAAGAAAACAAAAAAACUACAACAAUAUAUUUUAUUACUUAUAAAAAUCCCAGAUUCUAUUACCGAUAACAAAAAACCAACAGCAAAUAACUGCUAAAGUAAAGGAAAAAUACAGAAAUAUUAUUUAAACACACACACACAUACACACAAAACUCAUUAAAUAUGGAGGCUACAAAUGGUGCUGCUGCAGCUGCGGCCAAUGCUGCUGCUGCCGCCGCUGCUAAGCGCGUUCAAAUUGAAAAGGCUCACAAUUUUAUGCGUCAAUAUCGUGAUCCUGAAUCGAGAGAAUUAAAGAAAUUGUCAGCAAAUCAAUUUAUGGAUGUAUGGGCACAUUAUGAUAAAGAUGGCAAUGGUUAUAUUGAAGGCACUGAAUUGGAUGGUUUCCUGCGCGAAUUUGUAUCUAGUGCCAAUGCCACUGAUAUAAGUCCUGAGGCUGUCACCGACACAAUGUUGGGAGAAUUGAAAUCAUGUUUUAUGGAGGCCUACGAUGAUAAUCAAGAUGGUAAAAUUGAUAUUAGAGAGUUGGCUCAAUUAUUACCCAUGGAAGAAAAUUUCCUGCUAUUGUUCCGUUUUGAUAAUCCCCUAGAAUCCAGUGUGGAAUUUAUGAAGAUCUGGCGUGAAUAUGAUACCGAUAACUCUGGCUACAUUGAAGCCGACGAACUAAAAAAUUUCUUACGUGAUUUACUCAAAGAGGCCAAGAAAAUAAAUGAUGUUUCAGAAGAUAAAUUAAUUGAAUAUACAGAUACCAUGCUUCAAGUUUUUGAUGCCAAUAAAGAUGGACGUCUACAAUUAUCAGAAAUGGCCAAAUUGCUUCCAGUUAAAGAAAAUUUCCUGUGCCGUCAAGUAUUUAAGGAAGGUAUUGAAGGUGCUGCCAGGUUGACAAAAGAAGACAUUGAAAAAGUUUUUUCACUUUAUGACAGGGACAAUAGCGGUUCUAUAGAAAAUGAAGAAUUGAAAGGAUUUCUAAAGGAUUUAUUGGAAUUGGUGAAAAAGGAUGACUAUGAUGCCUCCGAUUUGAAAGCUUUCGAAGAAACCAUCUUACGCGGCGUAGGCUAUGACAAAGAUGGUAAAAUUUCCCGCAAAGAACUGACCAUGAUUCUGUUGACUUUAGCCAAAAUGCCACCAGAGGAUGAUCAGUAAAUUUUCUUUUAGAUUUGCAAGAUAACUAACUAACACACACACAUUUUUUGGGAAUUAUUAAAUAAAAAAAUUAAUAUUUAAAUAAAUUUUAGCCCUGAUUUGAAAUGGUUAAGGCAGAUAUAUAAGCGAAAAAUUAUACUUUAUUUAUGAAUAAUAAAAAAACAAAUAUUAGGUAAGAAUUAUAUACAAAAAAAUCUAUAAAUUAAUUAAUAAUAUUUGUAAGUUUAAUAAAAAGUAAUUGUAAAAUCAAGAAUUUUAAUUUUUGCUAAAACAAAAUUACAAAAUUUAAAAUAAUUUCUUAGGAAAAGGAAAAUGAAGUACAUAUAGCAACUAUGGGUUUUAAAGAAGCUGAAAAUAAUAAUUAUGUACCUUAAACUAGGCAGCGGUUUAUUACAUUAUUAGCUCCUAAAAGUAUGUAAAACAUAGUUGAAAUAUUUACGCAUUUUUCUAAUAAAGCAAGUUUUUUUGUAUGAAUAACAAGAAAAAAAUAAUACACCAUUGAAAUAAGGAAAUUAUAAAACGCCAUUUUAUUAAAGAGAAACGAAUUAAUAGUAAAUCAACGAUUUUAUUAUAAUUUAAGAACAAUUUAAACAAAGAAAGAUAAAAGCAAAUUUAUUUAUUUUAUUUAGAUAAUUUUUUAUAAAUAUUAAAAAAAACAAGAUCAUGUAGAUUUCUUUUUGAUAAAAUUUAAAAUUAUAAAUAAAAAUAUAAAACAAAUUAUGUAAUCAUUAAACAAUAAAUGAGACAAGCUGUUAUGCCAACCUAAAACCUAUACUUUAAGGCUGUAACUUGUUACAAAUUAAAUAGCCUAUUUUUAGGCUUUUUGAAAACUUGCCUUGUUUAUUGUUUACACUAUCACAAAUUCUGUUUUAAGUUUUUAAUUAUAACAUACAAAAAAGAAUUAACUUAAAUAUUUCUGUAGCUAAAUGUACUUAAAAUUUAAAAUAAAAACAAUUUGCUCCAAGAACAUUCUCUAAAACUCAAAAAUCUUGCUUUUUGCAAACAAUUCCUGAAAAAUAAUAAAAGAUUUAUUAUACUUUUCCAAUUUAUAGGCAAUUUUAAAGAUUAACUAAAAUUAAGGCUUUCAACAAAAAACUCAUUAAAACAUCCACAAAACAGGGAGAGGGGAAUAAGAAAUUAGCUCUAGUUCAGUUUUAGUUCAGUUCUAGUUCAGUUCUAGUUCAGUUCUAGUUCAGUUCUAGUUCAGUUCUAGUUCAGUUCUAGUUC